AUGAAACACUUUUAUCUCACCAUCAAGAUUGUAACUACCGAAAAAUUUGAUAAACAUCAAGGAUUUGACCUUGUCAAUUUUGAUCAUCAAUUUUUAUUUUAUGAUGUAUAUACAUUUAAGAUUCUGAAAGCCGAAACGUAUAGUGUUUUUAAAGAAAAUAUUUCUCGAACUUUCAAUGUCCCUUCGAAACAAGUAAGAUUCUGGGUUUUUGUAUAUCGUCAGAAUAAAACCAUUCGACCUGAUCAUCCAAUACCAGAAUCUUAUAUGAAUAUUAGUAUGGAGGGAAUUCGUGAUGAAAUAGUUCCACUACAGAAUGAAUUGAAGUUAUACAUGGAGGUAGCAGACAAGCCAAUAAAUGAUGAGACAUGGUUCCCUUUAAUUGAAGAAAAUAAGAAUAUAAUUGUUUUCCUCAAGUAUUUUGAUCCUGAUACACAAACUUUGGAAGGUCUUGGUCAUUUAUAUGUACAAGAGUUUGAUAAAGUUGGAGAUUAUAUUAAUGUUCUCUGUAAGAGAAAGAAUCUUCCACCAGAUACUCCUUUGAAAAUAUAUGAAGAAAUAAAACCAAACAUGAUAGAAGAAAUGAAUCCUAAUUUCACAAUUAAACAAUCAGAAAUACAAAAUGGGGAUAUAAUUUGUUUCCAAAAGGCAUCAAACAUGAAGAUCAGGGAACAUAUUAAAAGUAUUCGUAUCUUUGAAAUUCCUAAGUUCUAUGAAUUAUUAUCAACUUUUACUGUCAAGGUUGUGACUGUUGAAAAAUUCAAAAAGUAUCAAGGGUUUGAUCUUGCUAAUUUUGAAAACACGCCACUUUCUGAUAUAUAUUUAUAUAAGAUCUUAAUGAAUACAACUUAUGGCGUAUUUAAAGAAAAUGUUUCUCAAUAUUUCAAUAUUCCCUCUGAACAAGUAAGGUUUUGGAUUUUAGCGAGUCGUCAAAAUGGAACUGUUCGACCUGAUGUUCCAAUACUAGAAUCUUAUUCUAAUACAAGUAUGAAGGAAAUUCAUGCAAGGUUGACUUCCCAAGAAGAUGAAAUGAAACUUUAUAUGGAGGUAGCAGACAAAAAAUUUAAUGGCAAGACAUUGCUCUCUUCGAUAAAAGAAAAUAUUAGUAUAUUGAUUUUCCUUAAAUAUUUUGAUCCCGAUACGCAAACUUUAGAAGGUCUGGGUCAAUUAUAUGUACGAAGGUUUGAUAAAAGUAGUAACUAUAUUCAUACUCUCUGUAAGAAAAAGAAUUUUCCAUUAGAUACACCUUUGAAACUAUAUGAAGAAAUCAAACCAAAUAUGAUUGAUGAAAUAGAUCUUAGAUUCACUUUCCAACGAUUAGAGUUACAAAAUGGUGAUAUAAUUUGUUUUCAAAAGAAUUUAACGGAAAAAGAAAUUCAAGAGCAUAUUGAAGCUGGUCGUAUUCAUAGUAUUCCUCAGUUUUAUGAAUCUUUGUCUUUACAUACUGUUUUUUCAUUCAAGCCAAGAUUGAAAAAUUAUCCUAAAUUUAAUUUAAUAUUAAAUAAAAAAUUAACAUAUGAUCAAGCAUGUAUAGUUGCUGAAGCAGUUGCUUUUCAUUUGAACAUAGAUCUACUUAAAAUUCGAUUUGAAAAACCGUAUGACCCAAUUGAACAAACUGCAAAUCGCGCCCUUUUAGAUAUGAUUCGGAAACCAAAAGUAUAUUAUGAAAUACUGGAUGGAGAUAUUAUAGAACCCGGAAAGCCUGAAGAUACAGAAAAGGAAAAGUUCUUUAAAAUCAUUUGGCUUGGAAACACUAUUAAAAAUGAGGAAAUUAUUGAUAUUCGCCUUCAAAAGGAUGCCAUUGUUAGUGAAAUAAUAAAAGAAAUUUUAAAAAAGGUAACAUUGUCAUCACCAGAUGCUAAAAUAAGAUUAUAUGAAGUUAUGAAUCAUAAAAUUCAAAAAGAGUAUAAGGAAACCGAACUGACAGGUAGGAUACAGGAAUUUAUGACAUUAUAUGCAGAGGAAAUACCUCAAGAUGAAUUACUCGCUAAUUCGAAUGAUCAAAUAAUACAAGUAUAUCAUUUCAUAAAAGAUCCAAUACAAACACAUGGAAUUCCAUUUAAAUUUGUUAUUAAAAAUGGUGAGACACUCACUGAUAUUAAGAUACGUCUUCAGCUUCGGCUUGGUAUGAAUAAAAUUGAAUUUUCGAGAAUAAGAAUUGCAAUUAUAUCAGAAAUAACAUACGAAAAACCUGAAUAUCUCGAGGAUGACGAUAUAAUCUUAUCGGAAAGGGAAUUGUCAAAUACGGAUUAUCUGGGUCUUGAUCACGUAGAUGAAACUGAGAGCGCAGAGAAAAUUAUUUACAUUCGAGGCUAA